AUGAGCACCUUCGGGUAUCUCAGAGAGCUCGAGAAAUAUGAAGAGGUGGAUGAAGAUGAUCUUUUGGCCACACUUUCCUCUGAAGAGCUGCAGGAGCUGGAGAGGGAGCUGGCUGAUCUGGACCUGGAGGAAAACAUCCCCAGUGGUUUGAAGCAGAGAGACCAAACCACAAAAAUCCCAACGGGGACGUUUGACCGGGACGGUUUGCUCAAAUACUGGGAGGAUACGAACAAAAAGCUGGAAAGGGAGGAGGUGGUAGUCAGUCUCGGGCAGGAAGGACACCCAGACAAAAGUGGGCACCCGACGACGACUAGUGAGGCCUGCAAGACUGUGGACGGUGACAGGAAGAAAAUGUCAUGCAAUGGAAGGAAGGCUAGAAAGAAUGAUGAAAAGGAAGUUGAAGUAGAAACCAAAAGUGAGGUUAAAAAAAAGGAUUUGUCCAGGAUCAAAUUCCCCCAUUUAGAAGGACCAAUGAGGGCUGAAACCUCUCAAACACCAAGUGGAAACCCAGUUGUAAUCGACAAGGCUCUGGAGCAGGUUCUUAGCAACGAUCCCACCCUGGCCGAGCUCAACCUCAACAACGCUGAAAACAUAUCACAGUGCACCUUGCUUCGUUUUGCCGAGGCCUUGUCCACAAAUGAUCACGUCCACAUUUUUAGCCUGGCCAACACACGUGCUGACGACCGGGUUGCGUUUGCCAUCGCCGAGAUGCUUUGUAGAAACCGCUUCAUCAAAACUCUGAACAUUGAGUCCAACUUUGUGUCGGGCCAGGGCGUCCUGGCUCUGCUGGCGGCGCUGCAGCACAACAGCACGCUGGAGGAGCUGCGCUUCCACAACCAACGGCACAUCUGCGGAGGGAAGGUCGAGAUGGAGAUGGUCCAGUUGCUCAAAGAAAAUACAACUCUAAUGAAACUCGGUUACCAGUUUGAGCUCCCGGGCCCGAGAAUGACGGUGACCAGCAUUCUGACGCGUAACCAGGACCAACAGCGACAGAAGAGGCUGCAGAAGAAGAGCAGCUUACAAGCUCCUACAGAGAAGUCUAAGCAAGCUGCAUCAGCUAACCAACAACCUGCCAAGCCGUCACAUCAUGCUCCCAAUCAGAAGAGCGAUAUCUCUCUUUCAACGGUAAAUGCACCGGCAAGGAAGAAAGUUGAGAUGGAUAAAUACCAUGAAGGUUCAAGUAGCACAAAGGCUCUGCUUAGUCCAAGAAAAGACAAACCAAAGCUCAAUAAGGGCACUGUUGAAAGAGAGAGCCCAGAUCAUUUUGGGGAACUGAAGAACGACUUGAAGCCGUCGCUACAGAAGAGUGAAGAUGAACCCUUACAGCCGCCGCAGAAGUCAACUCACAUUGCCCUGAUGACGGCCAUCCGUGAGAGCAGGGUCAGCUCCUUAAAGAAGGUGGAUCCUGCUCAGAGCUGA